CGUCAGACAGUCUUUUGGCGUCGUCGCUGUUUGACCGAACAAGAAAGGCACGCGCGAGACUUGAUCCCGCGACCAAGCGAGUGGCGAGUUUUAAAGUGUUUUGUUGUGCUAAAGAUCGUUGAAUCCAACCGUUGUAUUUUUUUGUGUGAGAUUGGUGGAAAAGGGGAAUCCCUCUCAUUAGUGACAUCACGAUAUUCAGGGAAUUACUUUCCGGAUAAGCUCAGAUCAAGCGGAUCAUAAUUGAUUAGAAUUUCGCUGAAUCGUGUACGAAGGUUUCAAUCGUUCCGAAGUGCAUUCGUUAAGUGGCCACGGCCAAGUGCAACGCGUGCUCAUAGCUCAAGUGCAGUGUGGUUGUUCGAGGACGACAUGUGCGAUACUUAGCACGCUUAAAGUUCGAUUGGAAUUAUAAUUCUAGUGGAAGUGCGCUUAUCUUCGUUCAGUUCAGCUAACAAACAGCAAGAGCAAGCAAGGGCCAAUAAUCAGCAAAGUAAGUGUGGAUCUCUUGAUGCUCUCUCUCACACUCUCCAAACAAAGAAAGUGCUCCUCUUGGCGUGUGAAUUCUGCGGCCAAAUUGCGGCUUAAAGGUCAGCAAGUGUAGUUUUAGUUUUGUGUGUGCGAGAUGAUAUGAGUGUUGCAACAACAUCGGUGAAACCACUCAACAACAACCGUGUAGUCAGCAAUUUGUUAAAAUUAAUCUCAGCCCAGCAUUGCUACCGGUGGUUUCUCCCCCACAAUCCGUCGGAUCAUCAUCAAGAAAAGCAGCAGCAGCAGCAGCAGCAACAAAAACGGCUGGCCAAGUGGCAACGGGAAACUACCGGACCACUACGGCCACCAGAAAUAUGUUAGACACUGGCAGGAAAAAGAGAAAUGGGGCCAUGUCCGUAUGGAGCACUAGCACAGCCGGAAUUGAUACUGUGCUUGCCACGACUCUCGGAGCUGCCAUCAAUCAGAAAACCUUCAGUACAAAUCACCUGCCCAGUGCCGGCCUUGUGGUGACUCAGAUCCCAAACGGCCCCGGUGGAACAAGCCCGGGUAUUAACGUCCCUCAGCAACAACAACAUCAGUUAAACUUUGUCAGCGCCGCCAGCAAUAACGCUCUGAACGGAAGCAGUGGUUUUACACAUGUCCAUCUGCUGACGACACCGGCCGGAAACGGAGGACCAGACCGCGGAGGAGGUCCUUUUAGCAGUCAUAGCACCAGCAGCAACAGCAAUCACAGUCAUUCCCCGCCCAGUCACGGAUCGUUUGCGCACAACAACAACAAUUCCGUCGGCUGGAACAACAGAACCAGUAUUUGCAGCACGCAUAAUAAGAGACGCUCACACAUCAGUACAAUGUCCCAGUCCGGCGACGAAUAUAACUCCCCAAACUACCUGUCCUGGCGGAAGCUGCAGCUCAGUCGGGCCAAGCUAAAGGCAUCCAGCAAAACAUCUGCGCUUCUCUCCGGGUUCGCUAUGGUCGCCAUGGUUGAAGUGCAACUGGACGAGCACACCACCGUCCCGCCUAGCAUGCUGAUUGCGUUCGCUAUCUGCACCACCCUAUUGGUAGCGGUUCACAUGCUAGCCCUCAUGAUCAGCACCUGCAUCCUGCCGAACAUCGAAACCGUGUGCAACCUGCACAGUAUCUCGCUGGUGAACGAAUCGCCCCACGAGCGACUCCACUGGUACAUCGAAACGGCAUGGGCCUUUUCAACCCUGCUGGGGUUGAUUUUGUUCCUGUUCGAAAUUGCCAUCCUCUGCUGGGUCAAGUUCUACGACCUCAAUACGACGGCCGCCUGGUCGGCUUGCAUUGUCCUCAUCCCAGUGCUGGUCAUAUUCGUGGCCUUUGCGCUGCACUUUUACCGAUCGCUAAUGACGCACAAAUACGAAGUAACCGUUUCCGGCAUCCGGGAGCUUGAGAUGCUCAAGGAACAAAUCGAACAGGACCACCUGGACCAUCACCACCAUCAUGGCCCACCCUACCAGUCCGUACAGAUCGUUUGAUCCAGCAGCAAAACCCCACGGACGCAAUGCGCGAGUGAAUCUGUGAUUGUGAUUUCUUUUCGUUAUCGUAAUUUCUUAAACUCUUUUAUUUCUUCGUUGAGUGUUUAUUAGAAUCGGUCAUUACGUUCUUUGUUUUGUAUACUCGUCAACGUAAAAUAGUUUUAGGCACCUCGGAUGAAAGUAACCUCAUUUCCUGUUAUUUCCCUUUUUCCCAAGAGCCACUACUAAUAUUGUGAUCAUGCGCUUAUGUGAAGUGAACGAAAGACAUAUUAGCCCCUAGUUAGACCACGAAUAAGUCAAUCUAUUAUGAGCUUUGUUACUUUGAAGCAAACGAAGAUGAUUUUAUACAGUACGUAUUAUUAUAUUCUCCACCAGAAACAGCGAAGAUGUAUGUAUAAUUUUGGUUGUAAAACAAGCUUGGAAUCUAUUCUUUGUUCUCUAGAAACAUAAUCGUAAUUAGGAGUAAACCGCACACGCUGGUUGUAAAAUAUUUACUACCAUCAUCCAGAUCCGCAAAUCCACUAAUUUAAAGAAAAAAUCACCAAUAAUAAACAAAUAUUUUUUAUGAA